AUGACCAUCACGUACCGCCAUGGCCUCUCGAUCCUCGAAUUGAUUAUCUAUGUGCCAUCAUUGUUUCUUUCCGUCUUUCUCGUCACCCGUCAUGGCCUCCGCACCAAUAGCGGCUUUCUCUUCCUCACCAUCUUCGCCCUUACGCGCAUCGUGGGCGCAUGCUGCGACCUAGCCACAAUUGACCACUGGUCCACCGGCCUCUACAUCGCGUCAGCGAUCUGUAGUUCGAUUGGCCUGUCUCCUUUAAUGAUGGCAUGCUCCGGGCUUCUAUCUCGAGCCAAUCUGUCCAUCCAAAACACCACCGGCAAGACCUGCCUCCCUCCUCUUUCUUUCCGGGGAUUUCGUAUACUCACCGUCGUGGCUAUGGCUCUCAGCAUUGCCGGUCUCACUAGCAACAUGACCGCCGAAGGCCUGGCCCACCCUGACGUCAAGGUCAAGGUCGGCAUGAUCUUGUAUAUCGUCUGCUGGGUCGUGAUGGUACUCCUUCUCGCUAUCCUGUCAAUACGCCGCUCUUCCAUUGAGCGUGGCGAGAAGCGUACUCUUCUGGCUGUGGCAUUGGCGAGCCCCUUCAUUUUCGUGCGUCUGAUGUACGCGGUCUGCAUCUGGUUCUUGCAUGACUCGAAAUUCAGCUUGCUAGAUGGCAAUGUCACCGUGCAGCUUGUGAUGUCGGUCCUCGAGGAGUUUGCUGUCGUUUUCAUUCUUCUUGGCGUAGGCCUGACUCUUCGUGUUCGAAGCCAGCAGCCAUCUUCAGGAAGUGAAGGAGCAGCUUUGUCCGACUAUACUUCCGAGUAUCGGACGAAGCCCUAA